CAGAAGUCAGCAGCAGUUAUACCACAAGAUCAUAAAAGCCUUCUGAAGGAGAAGUUCCAGUGUUUGACUGAGGGAAUCUCCAAGCAAGGAAACCCCACACUCCUCAAUGAGAUCUACACAGAGGUCUACAUCACAGAGGGGGGCAGUGGAGAAGUCAACGAUGAGCAUGAGGUCAGACAGAUUGAGGCAGCAUCCAAGAGAUCAGAUGCAUAUGACACACCAAUCAAAUGCAAUGAUAUUUUCAAACCCUUAGCUGGACAAGAAAAGGACAUUAGAACUGUGCUGACAAAGGGAGUGGCUGGCAUUGGGAAAACGGUCUCUGUGCAGAAGUUCAUUCUGGACUGGGCUGAGGGAAAAGCCAAUCAGGAUGUCCACUACAUAUUUCCUCUUCCCUUCCGUGAGCUUAACUUAGUGAAGGAGGAACAUCUCAGUUUAGUGGGUCUAAUUAAACGAUUCUGUGGUGACAUCCAUGAUAUCAGCCUUUUCACUGAUGACAAAUGCAAAGUGCUGUUCAUCUUUGAUGGUCUUGAUGAGUGUCGGAUUCCUCUGAGAUUCCAUUCCACCUCAAAUUGUUGUGAUGUAACAGAAGCAACCACAAUGUCUGCUUUGCUGACAAAUCUCAUCAUGGGGAAUCUGCUGCCCUCUGCUCUCCUCUGGAUUACCUCCAGACCAGCUGCAGCCAAUCAGAUUCCUCCAGAGUGUGUGGACCAGGUGUCAGAAAUAUGGGGGUUCAGUGACCCCCACAAGGAAGAGUACUUCAGGAAGAGAGUCCGUGAUGAGAACCUGGCUAGCAGAACAAUCGGCCACCUGAAGUCAUCCAGGAGCCUCUUCAUCAUGUGCCAGAUUCCUGUCUUCUGCUGGAUUGCAGCUGCUGUGCUAGAGAUAAUGUUGAGGGAUAGAAACACAGGUGAGAUCCCCAAGACUCUCACUGAAACGUACAACCUUUUCCUGAUGAUUCAGACAGAAGUCAAACAGAAGUACUCAAACAGAAAAGAGAUGGAUGAAGGGAUGAUUUUCAAACUGGGGAAACUUGCUUUCCAGCAGCUGCAGAAGGGCAAUCUGAUCUUCUAUGAGCAGGACCUGAGAGAGUGCGGCAUUGACAUCACAGAGGCAUCAGUGUACUCAGGAGUGUGUACCCAGAUCUUCAGAGAGGAAGCUGGGCUGUACCAGGGGAAGGUGUUCUGCUUUGUGCAUCUCAGCAUUCAGGAGCAUCUUGCAGCAUUAUAUGUGCACCUCACGUUCAUCAUCCACAAGGAAAAUGUUCUUCACCUAACCAACCCAAGGCCAGCCGCCUUCCCAUCUACUCUUGUUCAGUCGUCUAGGCCCGUGUCUGUGUAUGAGAUGCACAAGAGUGCAGUAGAUCUGACCUUACGAAGUGACACUGGACAUCUGGACCUUUUCCUCCGCUUCCUUCUGGGCCUCUCACUGGAGUCCAAUCAGAGUCUAUUGAGAGAUAUCCUGCCAAAGGAAACCAUCCAAUCACAGACCAUAUGUGAAACUGUCCAGUACAUCAAGCAGAAGAUCAGGGAGAGUCCCUCCCCGGAGAAAUGCAUAAAUCUGUUCCACUGCCUCAAUGAGCUGAAUGACCAGCUCCUAGUGGAUGAAAUCAAAUGCUACCUGAGGAGCUCUGGAAGUCGAAAGGGAACCAAACUCUCCUCUGCACAGUGGUCUGCUGUGGUGUUUGUGUUGCUGACCUCAGAACAGCAGCUGGAUGAGUUUAGUCUGGGGGCAUAUGGUGGAUCAGAGGACUGUCUGCUGGGGCUGAUGCCUGUGGUCAAGGCCUCCAGAUCAGCGGAUCUCCGUGGUUGUAAGCUGACAGAGGAAAGCUGUUCCUCUCUGGCCUCAGCCCUCAGAUCAGGCUCAAGUCUCAGACAGUUGGACCUGAGUAACAAUAAUCUGCAGGACUCUGGAGUGGUUCUUCUUAGUGCUACUUUAGGGAAUCCACUCUGUCAACUGGACACACUAAAGCUAUCUGAAUGUAAGCUAACAGAGAAAAGCUGUUCCUCUUUGGCUUCAGCCCUCAGCUCAGGCUCAAGUCUCAGACAGCUGUACCUCAAUGAGAAUAAUCUGCUGGACUCUGGAGUGGCAUUUCUUAGUGCUGCGUUAGGAAAUCCACUCUGUCAACUGGAGACACUAGAGCUGUAUGAUUGUAAUUUGACAGAGAAAAGCUGUUCCUCUCUGGGUUCAGCCCUCAGCUCAGGCUCAAGUCUCAGACAGUUGGACAUUAGUUACAAUAAUCUGCGGGACCCUGGAGUGGCACUUCUUAGUGCUGCAUUAGGAAAUCCACUCUGUCAACUGGAGACACUAGAGAUGUAUGACUGUAAUUUGAGAGAGAAAAGCUGUUCCUCUCUGGCUUCAGCCCUCAGCUCAGGCUCACGUCUCAGACAGUUGGACAUUAGUUACAAUAAUCUGCGGGACCCUGGAGUGGCACUUCUUAUUGCUGCAUUAGGAAAUCCACUCUGUCAACUGGAGACACUAGAUGUCAGUGUCAGUGCUCUGACAGAAAAAAGCUGUUCCUCUCUGGCUUCAGCCCUCAGCUCAGGCUCAAGUCUCAGAGAGCUGAGACUGCAUGGCAAUAAUCUGCAGGACUCAGAUGUCGAGUCCCUCCUCGCCCUUCAGAGGAACCCAGAGUGUAAACUGCAGAAGCUAGGAGAUGUUGAUAAAAUAUUAGAUGGCUAA